AUGCCGACGAGCCCUCCACAGCAACAUGCACAACCUUCGCCUUCGAUACCUCAAUCGCCUCCUAGCAAGAGAGAUCUGAAAUCAUGGUGGAAGCGCUUUCAGGUCCAAUCGAAGCAUCAAGAAAUACAGGAAACGCGCCCUACAGGCAUCUUCGGUGUUCCCUUGCGACAAAGCAUCACCUAUGCCAAUGUGGCUAUCUCCCUUGUCGACGACGAUGGCAAGAGCUAUAUUUACGGCUACGUUCCCAUAGUGGUUGCUAAAUGCGGAGUCUUUUUGAAGGAAAAAGCUACUGGAGUGGAAGGCAUAUUUCGUUUGAGCGGCUCCGAGAAGCGUAUUAAGGAGUUGAAACUCGCGUUUGACUCUCCUGACAGAUAUGGCAAAGGUCUUGUUUGGGACGGUUAUACGGUCCAUGAUGCGGCUAAUGUUCUCCGGCGCUACCUGAACGACCUCCCUGAGCCCGUGGUUCCGUUGGAUCUGUAUGAGAAGUUCCGCGAUCCUCUGAGAGGGCACACCAAACAGGCCGUGGGCGACACAGAAGGCACACAACUGGUGGACAAUUUCAAUGAGGCUGAAGCCAUUGACAAGUACCAGCAGUUGAUCAGGAUCCUACCGCCCUUGAACCGACAGUUGCUUCUUUACAUUCUGGAUCUACUCGCUGUCUUUGCUGCCAAGGCUGACGAGAACCGUAUGACAGCACAAAACCUGGCUGCUAUCUUCCAACCGGGAAUGCUCUCGCAUCCGCACCAUGCCAUGGCUCCGGAGGAAUACAGGCUGAACCAGUGCGUUAUCAUAUUUUUGAUCGAAAACCAGGACCACUUCUUGAUUGGCAUGCAAGGAACAGGCACAGAUGAGCAAACCAAACAGGCGAUUCAGAAGGGCACGCCAGUAAUCGUUACCCCAACCACUCCCAACAAGAGCCGUAGCUCUGGCGUCGUUAGGACUGCUUCAAAUGCUAGUGCUGGCGCUGAGAGUGUUAGUAGAGACGGCCAGAUACGCCGGAAUCGGUCAACGUCGUCGAGGCAUUCGCGGCAUUCCAAUGGUGCCUCGACUCCUGGCAGUCCGGCUUUAGCCACCACCCCUAUCACUUCAAGUGCGGGCGGUCUGGCUAGAAGUAACACUGUUCCAUCGAAAAGGUCGCCUCAUAUUCCUUCAGGUCGAUUUCAACGACAAGACUCGCCAUCCGUCGCAGUAGCACCAGCUUCACCGUCCCCUAUGGAUACUAAUGUUGGCCGUCCUGCAACGGUCAGAGAGGAGCCUGUGAAGUCAUCUAACCAGACACUGGAAUCAUCUAGUGCGACGCACACGACAGCUCCCGUGGCCCCUUUGGCGAAUCAAAAGAGUCAGGAGAGACUCCUGGAUUCAACACCGGAAACUACUACUCCUGUGAAAGGAGAGAGGACACUCCAUACCCUUUUUAAUUUGUCGCCGUCCGAGGCUGAAAAGCGGCAACCAAAUAAACUUCGGAAGAAACGGAUACCAGGCAGUGCUAACCCUAGUGCGCAAAGCUCUACCGCGUCCCUCUCUCAUUCCGGAGCUGUCUCUCCUUCUGUUGACGCUUACAAUCCUUGGGAAAAGCGGUUAGAACCUACGGUCUUGGAGCACGUCUCGACAGACACACCAUCAGAAGCCACUCCGACCGCGUCAACAGUCCCAUCUUCAAGCACGGUGCAAGCCUCACAGCCCGAGCCGACCAACACCCUUAAGCCGAAGCCCUCCCCGCCUACGUCCUUGCAUUCCUCUUUUAAUGAGGGCUCUGAUUUGGAUCAGGCCGACGAGAAUAUCCCGGCUCCUACUGGGGAGCAGCCUAUCACUGAACAGCAGGAUAAGGAGAGAAAGCGGCGGUGGAGGCUAUCUCGGAGAAGAGACGACAUUCCUGGGUCGCACCUACCACAAAAUCUUGGCCUCAACAGUCAUGCGGAGGCAAGCACUUCGACAAUUGGCAGUGGAAGUAGGCCUAGGAAGAGCUGGACCGGGGAAUCAUCCGAUGUAGCCGCUACCCUAGCCGAAAGCGACCAUACCAGAGAGAGGGACGACUCAAGAGGUCCAUUGGGUUGGAUCAAGACAAAAUAUCGUGAAGCAAAAGAAACCGCAGAUCAAAAACGGACCAAGUCACCUCCUGAGGACUAUGGUCAUCAUGGUUUCCUACCACGACGAGGGAAGAGUAUCGAAAUCAAGAGAGGUUACGAUGAAAGACAAGGUCAGAACCCGGACGACCCACACAACGUGCCCCUACCAAUGUCUCCACCACCGGUACCCAGAACUCAUGAAGAGAGUUCCAAGGCUACUUGA